UUAUCUGUGCUCUCUCAUCCAAACAAGAAAGAAGAAGUAGGGCGAAGGAUCGAACAAAAGGGUGGAUUUAAUCGGCGGCGGCAAGGUGCAGCGAUUGUUCUCCAAGGGACCGGUAGUCGACGGCCCAUAUUUAACGAUCAAGAUCGGGACUGAAACUCAUCUUCUCUGAUUGAAAUCUAGAGGAAGGAGAAGAAAUCUGAUUCGAAAACCGUUUUUUCAAUCGCUUUCCUUGGGUGAUAUUAUGAAGGAUUUUGAUCUUGUGAGGGGCGGGAAUCUCUUCGUUGUUGAUCGAUUCGAUUCGUUUUGAGACCACCGCGGCGGAGGCGGCGGCGGAUUUGUUGAGAGUUUGGAAGAAACAGAAACUUCUGCGAAGCGAAAUGAUGAGGAGGCUUCUAAUCGGCGCCGGAUUUGUGAAAAUCGCCGAGUUAUUGGGCUCUGUAGCCACUGUCUUUGAAAAGGAGCUAGUCCGAUUACAGAUCUUGAAGGACUACAGAUUUUUCUUCAAGUUGCCCUGCGGGACUGGACUGGAUUUCAUGGAGCUUAAUCCUAAUGGGCUCUAGGAUUGUAACCAUAGGUAGAGGCAUACGGCCGAGAUCUACGAGUCUUCUGAUGUCGAUUUCGAUCGGCUGCUGCUGCCAAAUCAUGGUAUUUGGAUUGAAGGGUGUCGCUGUCGGCGGUUGAGGAAUAAACUAGUUGGGUUUUUCCCCAGGAGCCAUGCCUUUGCUGUGGUGAUAAAAUUGAUGAUAGCGACUCUGAACAAAAGUAGAAUUUUUAGUUUGAUAUGGCUGGAUCUGUGAUGGGUCAUGGGUGAUCUGCUUUGUAGCAGAAUCCCCAUGUCCUUGAACUCCAUUCCAUUACUGAUUCAUCUUGUAUGUGCCCAUCGGUAUGGAUCGAAGAACCCUUCACAAAAUAUGGAAGAAUUUUGAAUCUACUAGGCAAAAGUUUUGUGGGUCUGUCCUAAGUCUUAGUUCUUUCGAGGCACGGAGACUGCCUGUUCUUGUUGCUGGUGAUAAUGAGCAAGACAAUUUGAAUUUCUUGUUAGAAAUAAAAACCUUUGUGAUUAGUCUCUAUUUUGGGCACAUAAACCCAGUCUACUAGAUUGAAUGAAUUAUGUUAGAAGAAGUAUAUUUGUUGUCCUAAUACUAUAUGGUUGCAAAAAGAAGCCCGAUUUCGAGUAUUAGGGUCUUGCUAAUGUUCAAUUCGACAUCCUGAACCAAGGGAUUUUUUGCAGUCCUACAAAACUGGUUAACAUGAUCUGCCUCAAGGUGCGUUGGGUGGAAAACUCCAGAGACAUAUUUCCUUUGGAGGGUUCUCAUAAAAGUUAUCAGAGAGUUCUCAUCAGAAACCCAAUCAUUACUCAUUUGUGUGCUUGCACUGGGGGUGUACCCACCUCUCUGGUGCAAAGUGGAAAGAAAGUAAGGACUGCAUCUUGCAGAACUUGUGGUGACGGACAAACAGUUGAUGGGAGUAAAUCUCUCUGCCAAGGCAUGAUGAAUACAGUACGUGUAGAACUUACAAAAUCUAUUAGUCCUUACCUGAACUGGAAGGUUUCAAAGGGUUAUCGGAGUGCAUCAAGGCGGUCACGGAAACCUGUUGAUAAAAGCAAAAAAAUGGGUGCAGACCUAGCAGAAAAAAGUGCUAGAAGUGCAUCAGAAACAUCAGUUUCUGAUUCAGAGAAGCUUGGUGUGGCUGUACUUGGGAGACGAUUUGGUGACAAAAUUGAGCAUGUACCGAUUAAGAAAAGGAGACUUAUGGUCCGGUCUCCGUCACCCCCUCCACACCUUGAAGGCAACAAACCACUAUUGGAUGGUCGUCAUUCUUCAGGUCACAAGUCUUGUCCAAAAUCAGUUGGCAAAAAGCAUCCCACAAGGAGUGAUACUUCUACCCUGACUAGGGUCUGUCAUAGUGCCAGUAGCGGUGCUAAUGAGAAUUUGAACGAGAUGACAAAUCAAAAGCCUGGUGACGUGGAUGACUUUUCAGGUAUUGAGAUAUUGGCAGAUGCUGCCUGCAACAACAUCAUAAAUGAUGAUAUCAAUCAUGUUGUGAAGAAUCCACUAGGUGAAGAUUCACCUCUGGAUGAAAAAGAUGCAUCAACUUCUGCAUGGCCCUUGGAGCAAACAACCAUUGUGUCAACUUCUUUAACAGUCAUGAGAACUGCUUCAGAAUUUUCAGAAGCAAGAGAUGCAUCAGUCUCUGCAAUCUUGGAAGAAAGUAUUGCAUCAUUGGAAACAGUACAUUCAUCCCCUAAAGAUGUACGACGAGAAGAUAAAAUCGGGAGCGCUUCCUUUGAAGCUGAUGGGUUCAGAAUUAAUACUGACAAAGCACACGACGAAGCAGAAGCAAGAUUGAGUUCCUCAAAAGAUGUCAAGUUCCACUGGGACCUAAAUGUUAGUAUGGAUGCUUGGGAGGAACCUUGUGAUUUGGCGAUUGCUGAUCCUAAAACAACUGCUGCAGAUGAUAUCUCCAUGGAUAAUAAGCAGGGUGCAAACGUCCAAGUUUCAGAAGCUAAUGAGAUACCUAAGGAGGAAGAUGCAAAGAAUGACAUUGCAAGCACCGUGAAACCUCUGUCUGACAAUGAGGAACAGGGAUUGAAAGCGUGCCCUGAAGUUGACUUGAGUUGUGGUAAAUGUUCUCCUGAUAAUGCUUUGGGAUCUUCAAACGAUUCUGGUAGCAGUGCUAAAGCUUCCUCUCAGGAUGCGUGUGUAGAUGCAUGCAUUGAUGGUUCCCCUUGUGCUGGACUUGAAAACAUCGCAGUCACAGGCCUUGUGUCUGAGGAGACCGAUAAAACCCCAAUUUCCAGCUUUUCUGUUGAGCAUGUGGCUGGUGAACUACCAAGUGAAACUGUCUGUUCAGGAAGUGUUAAGGUUGAAAACCCUGCUUUAGCUUGUGUGCCAGAAGGGGCAUCUUGUGAGAUUGAAAGCACUGUUCUAGAUGAAGAUGGCAAGGGCUCUGGUGCAACAUCUAGCGUCCAUGAUGAUCCAGAAUCUCUGGAAGAGAUGAUGGGAGUAGAAAGCUGUCACUCGCUCGCACCCGUUCGCCUUGAUUCUGAUGAAAAAUCUGCAUCAGGUGCUUCUGUUGGAGAAGGCCGGUCGCUGGUGACUAUAAUUGCAAAGGAGCCUGUUGAAGCUGCCUCUGACACUCAUACUGUCAAUUCUCUGCCAAAUGAUGGUUCUGAGGAAGUAAUGCAUAAACCUGCAGGGAAUCCCAUGACAAAUCAAGUAGCUGCUGCUGGGUCCUCCUCUCUUGAGCGAUGCCACUAUGGCGAAGAUAGCUCACGUAGCUUGGAUAGAGUAACUAAAGAUCCUUCCAGUGAUGGUUAUGACUUGAAUACUUGUCAAGAUGAUAAGGAUCACAUGGUUGGCAAGGGAAACACUCUGGAACCUGAAGCUGGUUACGACUCCCAGUAUGAAGAUGGGGAGCUGAGGGAGUCGGAUGUACCAUAUUGGGAGGAGAAUGAAAUUGAUGACGUAGAAGCUGAAUGUGUUGACUAUGGUUCUGAUACAUGUGACAGUGAAGCUGCUGAUGACUCUAUAUCAGGGAAAGUUGGAAUGGGACCUGAAUGCAGAGAAACAGAAUUAUUUGGGGAGUCAAGGAAAAUUGACAGGAACAUUAAGCUUGUGAGAGGAGUGAGUCCAGGAUCUGAUAACAUGUGUGACAAAAAUGAACAUGCUUUGAGACAAUGUUCCGUUGGUUCGAAGACAAAAACUUCAGGAUCUGAUCAACUACCUUGUGAUUCUGAAGCUUCUUCAAACAGAACUGCGGAAGCAAUUGAGGGCUGCACAGUAAGGAGACAUGCUGUUAAUGGCUUCGAUGGCUAUGAUGCCAAACAUUCUCCUGCCAACGUGGUUGGAUCAAUGGCAUCUGACUCCUCAAAUAAGAUGGGUACUGAAUGUGCAAGGAGGAGGAGGUUGGGCAACUUUGAUUCUAUUCGCUCUGAGGAAGCUGGUUCUGAUCAGACCAUGGGAAGGGAAAAGUAUGACUCACAUAUGCAGGGUAAAAGCUUCAGAGGUGUGGUUUAUUCUUCAGGGAGUUAUUGGGAUUCCAAGCGACGCGAAUCACCCACUUAUCAUGGUUCCUUUGGCUCUGGACGCUGUAGGCCAAGAAGUGUUGUUGAGAACCAUGGAUAUGAGAUGGAAUCAGACGAAACAUUUUCAGAAGCACCAGGAGUUCACAACCGUGUCCGCAGGCAAGCUAUAACUUUUUCAUCAAAUCGUCCGUAUCAGGGUUCGUUUAGGAGAAGAUCGCCAUCUGAAAGAAAUGAUGCACACAACAUACACAGGGGAAUGAUACCUAUGAGAGAUACAAGUCCUGAUAGGCGGAGGUUUAGACGAUAUCCACAAGGGGUUAACAGAGGCAUCAGGGAGGACUACCACAGAUCCAUACCCGAUGAUCCCAACGAAUGCUCUUAUAAUGUGCCACGACGAACGGCCAGGAGAGAACAAAGCACUUCACCCCCUGGCAGAGGACCCAUAUAUUAUAGUAGACCCUACAAAAAGCCCCAGUCUAGAUGCAGAAGUCGCUCUCCUCUUGGAUGGAGAGAACUGAAUGAUAUUUCAAGACAUCGUGGGAGCAGGUCUCCUGAUGAUAGGUUUGAUUCCAAUAUCGAGAAGCUGAGGGUGCCUUUCCAGAAGCAAAAUUUCGGAGGCAAGUAUGAAGUAGGGUUCGUGUCCUCACCAAAGCGUCGUUUUUCCCCACAACAGAAUUCCAGAUGGUUUGAUGAUUCAAAUACAGGUGUAGAUCACAAUUUCAGGGGCAGGAGAUUUGCGGGAAGGCGGUUCCAGCCAGGACAGAGGUUUGACUCAGAGCGUUCAUCUCAGAGAUUGAAUUCAGAUGGUUACUCUGAAUCCAUGAUUCGUCCAGCAAAAUUCUCCGAGUUACCCAGUGGUGGUAGGGAGUAUAGAUACGAGGGUAGCGACGAUGAUAGACGGAGACCUGAUGGAAGAUUUGAGAUCGUUCGCCGCGUGAGGCGUUUUGAUUCAAAUGGUGUUGUGCGUCAGUUCCGCUUUGAUGAAGACCGUUUUGCAUCUCGCAACACACACAACUACGAUGAAUCUGACAACAGGGCAACCGAGAGAAGGCCUCGAGAAGCCUACGUAGGAGAAGUAGCGAAGAGGAGAGUAAAUUAAGGUUCCAACGCUGACUCGGUAUUAAAACUCCAGCUUCUGGUGCAGCUCAACUCAUUUAACCUGCAACAUUCGUAAUUCCGAGAGGAGAAAUCCUCCAUCCCCCUUGCCGGCGUUUCAUCAAAUCGAUGUGUUACUCGGGCAGAUAGGAGUUCUUCCGAAUUUUUGUUUUCCGGUGAUGGUUAAGCCGAAAUAUUCGUGCUCUUCCCGGCGGCUGCCGGCGCUGUGGAAGCUACUCUUACCAUUCCGAUUACGCUUAGGCAAAUUUUUUUUUAGGUUAGGGCCUGAUGUUGCUUUGGUUCAUCUUGAUUUUGUUUCUUAAUUUUAUUUUAGGCAUUUUUUUAAUGAUUAGUGCAGAAUCUAAAGCUUUUUAGUUUCGAUGCUGAUCCCUUCUUGUUGCUGUUUGCUUUGCACUUUUUCUUCGCGCUCUCUUGAAUUAUAAUUUUCCUUUGCCUCCUUGUGACAUUUGUAAAUGCAAGUUUCAAGUGUGAAUAAAUUAAUAAAGAA